AACUCAGUUAAAAUUAACAUUUUUUUGAUGAAAACCCUUUAAACUUCUUCUAUAGUUUGUUAGAUUUGAAUAGAUACCAUUAAAAUAAAUUAAGGAAAGGAAUUAAUGAGUGUUAUUUCGUAGUGUAUGGUCCGUCUAACACCAUGAAGGACGGUUUGAACAUUGCGUCCUUGGCGAGCCCCCUCGACCGCUACAAGCUCGAGGGCCAGCUCGGCUCCGGCAUCUUCGGCGAAGUUCACCGCGCGUCAGACUCACAGGCAGCCGGCAAGAAAGUCGCCGUCAAGGUACAAACCUACACCGACGAAAUCGAAGACCACAUACAAGAAGAAUACAAGAUCCUAAGGGACUUCACCUCACAUCCUAAUUUGAUUGACUUCUACGGCGUGUUCUGUGAAAAGUCUGAAGGAGUAAAAAAAGUUUGGUUUGUUCUUGAGUUGUGCGAAUGUGGAUCUGUCAUCGAUAUUGUCAGAAAACUGAAAGCAGCAGACAGAAAAAUGUCGGAGGAACACAUCGCUUACAUCCUCAAAUAUACGAUCAAGGCGCUCGUUUACUUGCACGAGAACAAAGUGAUACACCGCAAUAUAAGAUGCAGCAACAUUUUGAUUACAAAGAAUGGCGAAGUGAAACUGUCUGAUUUUGGAUUGUCUUGCAAAUUGAAUGAUGCUUUGGAUAAGAGUACGACUAAUAUCGGAUCGCCGAGUUGGAUGGCUCCCGAAGCGGUGACGUGUGGCGGUGAGGGAUAUGAUAAUAGGGUGGAUGUUUGGGCUGUAGGUAUAACUACUAUAGAAAUGGCGGAUGGGAAAGCGCCGUUCCAAGAUAUGCACCCAACAAGGGCGCUUUUUCAAAUUCUCAGAAAUCCUCCACCAAGCCUGAUGAAGCCGGCAAUGUGGUCUAACGACAUAAAUGAUUUUAUUACGGAGUGUUUGGAGAAAAACCCUGAACAUCGGCCUUACAUGGUGGAAUUAGAAGAGCAUCCAUUUGUACAAUCCGUUCCCGAAAACGAUUUUCAUCUUACUACAGAAUUAAAAAAGCUAGUAGAUGAUUUAAAAGAUCAAUCCACACCGAGUAAAACACCAGAAAGGAUUAUUAAAGAUGGCUUAUUAACUACACAAGGUGUUAAAGAGCCUGAGACGAUGCAAGUUGAAGAUCUGGCUGCGUUAGAAAAACUGACCGAAGACAGCAUACUCGCAGAGUUACAAACAAAAUUAGCAAAGGGCUCUUUUAUGUCAUUUAUCGGAGACGUACUCCUUGUUCUUAAUCCGAAUACUACCGAUGAUAUUUACAACGAAACUUACCACAAAAAAUACGAAUGUAAAUCAAGAUCUGAUAACGAGCCUCACAUAUUUGCGGUAGCAGAUAGCGCCUACCAAGACGCUCUCCAUCAUAAUGAACCGCAGCACGUCGUAUUCUCGGGUGAAUGUAAAUCUGGGAAAACAACGAACAUGCUUCAUGCGCUGUCUCACCUCACAUUUUUAGGCGCAAUGAAAAAUAACACAGCUGAGAGAAUUCAAAAGGCCACAAGUGUGAUACAAGCGGCCAUUACUGGAGCAACACCCUUAAAUGCUCACUCAACAAGGGCUAUUUUCCAAAUCCAAGUAACUUAUGGAAGCUCGGGCAAGCUGAGCGGCGCUUUAUUUUGGCUUUACCAACUAGAAAAAUGGCGUAUUUCUUCCACGGACAUGUCUCAAGCCAACUUUGACCUGCUCUACUAUUUCUACGACGCAAUGGAGGCUACAAACCGGAUAGAAGAAUUCUGUUUAGAGAAAAACAGGAAACAUCGAUAUUUGAGAAUAUUAGAUGAACCUGUCAAGGGCGUUAAAGGUGUAAGAGAAAAUUCUGAAAAUAAUGUGGAACGUUAUAAAACAUUUAUCGAAAACCUAAAGACUUUAGACUGGGAAGAAGAAGACAUAACAUUUUUUGAAACCAUUUUAGCAGCCAUACUUGUUCUUGGUAAUGUGCGGUUCAAAGAUGGUAAAACCGGCAUAGCAGAAAUAGAGAAUGCAGACGAAGCUAAGCGAGUUGCCAAACUAUUAGCUCUUGACGAAGUGAAGUUUCUUUGGGCUCUGCUUAAUUACUGCUUGAUAGAAAGUGGGACUGCUGUAAAACGAAGACAUUCUACUGACGAAGCAAGAGAUGCUAGAGACACCUUAGCAAGUGCUUUAUACAAGCGAUUAAUAGACUGGAUGAUCAAUUUAAUUAACUCCAAGCUAUCGUUCAUGAGAUCUGUUUUCGGUGAUAAAUUCUCAGUCAGUUUGCUGGACAUGUUUGGAUUCGAAUGCUACCACAGAAAUCGUUUGGAACAGUUAAUCGUUAACACGACCAAUGAACAAAUACAGUUUCUAUACAACCAGAGGAUGUUUGCCUGGGAGAUGCAGGAGACGGCGGAGGAAGACGUUCCUGUGGUUUCCUUGCAUUUUUAUGAUAACAAAAAUUCAGUGGAUCAACUCAUGGGAAGACCUUUGGGACUGUUUUACAUACUAGAUGAAGCGAGUCGCGCUGGCAGUGGACAGGAGUUUAUAAUGAGUAAGGGAUUCUCGUAUUAUGCAUGGAAGUCACUGCAAACAAACAUUACCUUUAAAAAUGCCUCUAACUUUGACAAUUAUUUGAUUUCAGGUACAAUAAGAACAACGUGCAAAGGUCCUUACAUCAAACUGUCAGGCAGUCACGAGUUCAGCGUAGCUCAUUAUACAGGGAAAGUCAACUAUGACUGCAGAGAAAUGGCUGACAAGAACAAGGACUUCCUGCCCCCCGAAAUGAUCGAGACAAUGCGAGCUUCAUCCAAUGUUACAGUACAACAACUUUUUAAGAACAAAUUGACAAAGACAGGCAAUUUGACGGUAUCUUCCAGCCAGCCUAAAGUCAGUGUAGUAAGGUCUAAAUCUGAAAAAGAAAUGGAAAACUUAAAAGCACGAAAAUACAACACAUGUUCUAAGGGGCAAUAUUCUCAAGUCCAUCGUAUGAGGACAGCCGCUGCGACAUACAGAGCGACCAGUUUGGAAAUUCUGAAGCAGCUUUCGGUAGGCCCCGGGAGCGGUGGGACACAUUACGUCCGAUGCAUCAGAGCCGACUUAAACGACAACCCGAGAGGUUUCCAGACUGAAGUCGUCAGGCAACAGUUAAGGGCUCUAGCUAUACUGGAUACAGCUAAAGCAAGACAGAGCGGCUUUUCUAGCCGUAUACCAUUUGCGGAAUUUAUUCGGAGGUAUCGAUUUCUGGCAUUUGAUUUUGAUGAGAAUGUUGAAGUGACGAAAGACAACUGCAGGUUACUGAUGAUUCGCUUGAAGAUGGAAGGAUGGGUGCUCGGCAAAACCAAAGUAUUUUUGAAGUAUUACAAUGAGGAAUUCCUAUCAAGGCUGUACGAAACACAAGUAAAGAAAAUCAUCAAAGUACAAUGCAUGAUGAGAGCUUUCUUAGCAAGAAGAAAAGCUAAAAAGGACAAAUCGAAAAUGAUGCAUAUAAAGGAACUAAAAAAACAACAAUCCAUGAACGUCACUGAGGAUGAAGCGGCUCUGUUGAUCCAAAAAGCUUACCGUGGCUACAUAGUCCGCAAGGCAUAUGGACCGCUGAUAAAUAAGAGCACUGGCCAAAUUGACGAAGAGACCGCAUCUUUCCUCAAGAGAUUCGCAAUGAGAUGGAAAAGCCGAUCCAUUUUUCAAGUCCUGUUGCAGUAUCGGGCGGUUCGCUAUCAAGAUCUUGUGCAUUUUUCACAGCAGGUGCAUAUCUACAACCAAGCAGUAUUGGAGGCGCUGUUAAACACAAGCAUUGCCGUGCUCAUCGAUCGGGUAGACCCUCAAGCCAAGGAAGCAGACUUCUUGGGCUCCGGCCCACCUACUGUGUGGAAGCUGCCCUUCAGGAUCGAUCAGCUGCAGUAUUACGACACCUCGUACAUGUGCGAUCCUUCUGCAAAGAGCAACGACACAUUUGCCAGUCAAUACGAUUCCGACCACGAGCAGUGGGACGAACCGUUGAAACGUCGAUUUAAUCCAGCACAAACCGACACCAGUAAAGCGUCGGCGAGCACACAAACGCUCAUCACAGUGCCAUUCUGCAGAGACCCUACGCAGCCCGUACCAGUCUUACCGCCUGAUGAACCGGAGAAACCACCGGCUUCGAAACAAGCACGCGGACCGGCCAAUAGACCCGCUGUCUACAAGAAGAAACCACCUCAUUCCCCGCAUAGUUACUACCAACCCCCGGAACCCUGGACUGGUGUGAGAGAUGACACAGAUAUCUUGGAAGAUGCUGCUCCUAAGCUAAGGAAAUCGACGUACACCAGGAGCCUUUACGCCAUCGAUACUGAUGCCCAAGAUCCUAUAAUGGAACUUCAAGCGAUGGCCAAGUCAACCAACGAUAUGAACGAGGACGAUCCUCCUUUCAAUUUCCAGGCCAUGUUAAAGAAAACACCAAGGAAUAGGGCGUCGAUGAAGAGAUCUAACGAGCUAGGAGAUGACAUGGAGGAUAGGCAAAUAGUUCCGAAACGUAUCAUAUCGCCGAGUAAAGCGAAGCCGCCGGCUGCACCAAAGCUGGCCCCGACCCCCCCGCCGCCGAAGGGCCCCGCUCCGCCACCGCCGUCCGGCAAGUCCCCCGCGCCGACCCCACCUCCCUGCAGGAUGGCAGCAGACACUCCUCCCCCCAGCGGCUUUACUCCUCCGCCACCAAGGUCGUCAAGUAGAGAAUUCAUGCGGCAAGAUUCAAAGGACCUGAUCAUCGCAGCAUUGAAGAAGAGAGACUCUAAAACUGAUUUGUUGAAUUCAGAUAAUAAAAAGGAAGAAAAAGUCGAAAUAGCUCCAGGGAUCACAGUGGAGGGUACGGUAACAGAUUUAUAAAAGACAAACAUAAUUCUGUAAAAAAUAUAUUUAAUCUCCAUUGCAUUGGAAGUCCACAUACAUAUUAUUUAUUAUGGCGUUACAAUAAUUUUUUUUUUGACAAUUAAGUUUUUAAAGCCAUACGUUUUAUGUUAAGUCAUAAGGUUCUUUGUUACGUUCUUAAUUAAUAUAAUAUAAUUUAUAUCUCAAUAGAGUUAAGUAUAUUAAAUACAAAAGUUGACCUUAAAGCGAAUUAUGGCGAAACGUUGUGUUCAAUUAACACGUUUUUAGGGUUUCAUCACAUAGUAAAAAAAUAUUCAAAUUUUAUAUUAAUUCUUAGAUUAGCUUAACCGAA